AUGGUCCGAAGACGAGCCUCAGCCCCAUCGGCUUUAAUGCUCCAACCAGCAACAGUCCCGCUGGUCAGAGGCCAGCCGAAAUUCGUUUUGCCCUCACCACCCUCCGAAUACGCUAUCAUCCAUCUGGCCGACCAUCGCAAGCUGUCCGAUAACUACCAUAAGCACAAGCUCGAACCAUUGAAGGAAUUGCCCCGCUUAAAAGACUUCAAGGUGGCCUACAUCAAAUGCGAUACCUCCUCAACACCCUCGCGGUCACUUAUCAGCGCCUAG